AUAUGUAUAUGUUGCUAAUUUCAUUUAUUUUCUUUCUCAUAUUAAUUAAUUUUACAACGCAGUUUUAACGACAACAUUCUCAAAAUUUGCUGUAGUGUUUUUAUAGAAGAAUAUUUUUAAAUAUUCUUAUAAAAACCUUAUUUCACCACCGACCUUGUGUAAAAGAACUACGAACAAAAUGUAUUUUGCUUGACACAUUGAAGUAGCAGUGAAUUAUUUACUUAUCUGUUUUGAUUAGUGUGUUCUCGAUUUGUUGGAUGUAAAAAUAAAUAAUAUGGAUAUAUCUACAACUAAACGCAUAAUGUAAAAAGAUAAAAUCAGAACAAGAGUAUGUAUACAGAUGUGUACACCGAACACCACCUGGAGCUCAGGCGAGUGAAAUCACCAUGACUAUGUACCCUAUGUCUGGAAUGGUAGCAGCACCACAACAGGCGACUAAUCAGGUUGCCCAAAACGGUAGCACCACAUUGCCUCGGUCACAUCAUCAAAGAACAGGGCGACCCCCAGCAGCUCCAAAAUCUUAUGACUACUUACUUAAAGUUCUACUUGUUGGAGAUUCAGAUGUAGGCAAACAGGAGAUACUGCAAGACUUAGAAGAUGGAUCUGCUGACUCUCCCUUUUGCAGCGGCAGUGCAUACAAAACAACAACAAUUUUAUUAGAUGGCAAAAGAGUGAAGCUACAGUUAUGGGACACGUCAGGGCAAGGCAGAUUCUGUACAAUUAUUCGUUCAUACUCAAGGGGGGCGCAAGGCAUUUUAUUAGUUUAUGACAUCACAAAUAAGUGGUCUUUUGAUAGUAUUGACAGAUGGCUAGAAGAAGUUGAAAAGCAUGCACCAGGAGUUCCAAAAGUGUUAGUCGGCAACCGAUUACAUCUAGCAUUCAAUCGACAAGUACAGGAGCGUGAUGCUGAAUUAUAUGCAGCUAAAAAUCAUAUGGCUUUUUUUGAAGUUAGCCCAUUGUGCGAUUUUAAUAUUAGGGAAAGUUUCUGUGAACUUUCUAGGAUGGCAUUACAUAGAAAUGGCAUGGAAAGAUUAUGGAGAAGCAAUAAAGUACUUAGCCUCCAAGAGUUAUGUUGUCGUGCUAUCGUUGCCCGUACGUCUGUGUACGGGCUGGAACGGCUGCCGCUGCCGACAACGCUGAAGUGCCACCUGAAGUCGUACGCGAUCUCUGCGGCGCCAAGUAGGCAUCGGGCGCGGACCACCAAACAUCCGCACCACGCGCGCCUCAACUGCACCGGAAAUCGCAACAUGUGCACCAUCGCUUGAAGACACAUCCUGUGAUCGUGACAUGUGUGACCACUGAACAUUAACACGGUUCGAAUCUACGACAGAUGUGCAUUCGUAAUGUCAAUAACACGAUUCAACUGAUGACUAUUUCGAAUCUGGGAUGACUUGUAAUCUGAGGACUGAAUCAGAUAUCAAUGCAUAUCUCAAAGCGUUAUAUGACAUUUUUGUACAAAAUAUUUUUUCCAUACUAAAUCUUUGAUAUUUAUACGACUUUGGUUAUAUGUACAAACUUUCUGACUGCCAGUAGUAUAUUUAUACACAUGUAAAUGUUUCAUUCACACUUUGAUGGGCCGAUGAAUUUAUAAGAACCAUUUUUAUUUCCACAGCCUCCCAGAAAUGAAAGAAAAAAUAAAGUACUAUGAUCUUAAUAUUUGUAUAAUUACUCAUAUUCACGUUCGGAUUCACAAAUUUA